AUGAAGAAGGAGGCGGUGAUGAGAAGGCCGAUGGAGAGCAUGAGAACUGAUAGGGUUGGGUACCAAGUGAUCGGGACUGGGGCGGUGACCGGCUUCGAUGCCUGCAAACAAACAAGACACCGAUAUUUAUCAGAGCGCGAAAUGAAAUGCUUGAGCUCGGAUCGGUCGAUUCAGCGAAUCGGGAGCUCGGAAUUGGAAUUGGAAGAGUAG